AUGGAGCUGUGGACUGGAUACGAGUUCAUCAAGACAAUGUCAACGUCGGACGUCCAGUCUAGUACAUGGUUGGCACGCUGUGAAGAUUUCUCACGCCGAGAAACGAAUCAAGACUCUUUGGCGGUCAAGGCGUUCCUGAAAGACGCAACAGGCGGACUGGUAGAUAGUUGUGCUGGGGGAGAGGAUGCAGGCAUUGCGGGAUGGUACAGCAUGACCAGAUUCAGGGGCCUUUGCCCGGAGACUUCAGGCUGUUCCAAGGUGUGGUUGUUUUUCUCUCAUCCUCGUUGGGGUUGCCCUGGCGAAUGCUUCUCUGACAACAGAAUCGACCAACCAUUCAGCGAUAUGUUGAAAAUUGCUAGCUGCGUGGACGAUAGCACUGAGACAUGGAGGACCGAAGCGAUAGUAGAGUACGUCUCUGGAUUUUCUCAAUACGUGCAGAAGCGCCCGGGCUUCUGGGCAAGGCUCACGAGCACAAGCACGAGCGCAAUUAUACAGGGCGUGAUCUCGGCCUACGAGGACGCGACGGGUAGCACGUCCAACCAGACCGUCGCAUCUGUGCAAGAAAGCAUUUGGCAUGGUAUCACCUUUGAAAGGAUGGCUCAGGGUAUUUACGAGCUUGCCCCAGGAUUGCCAAUAUACGACAGUGACGGCGUGAAGCUGACGGGCUGCGCUCUAUGGACCGACGCUCUCUUCGAGGACAUCGUGGACGCGAAUUUGUGCAGUGAGAGUCACCACCAGUCAAUCGCCUUCCUGUGCCCGGAGCGCUGCAGGUGCGUGAUGUAUUGGCAGAGGUCUUGCCCUCUGUCUUGUUUGUCUAACCUGACUGAGCUGACUUGA